AUGCCUGAAUAUAAGUACCUAUCCGGCUUCGGAUCUCACUUCUCAUCUGAAGAUCCUCGUUGCCCGAACGCUCUACCGGAAGGACAGAAUUCUCCGCAAAAAUGCGCCUACGGUCUAUACGCCGAGCAACUAUCUGGUAGUGCCUUCACCGCUCCUCGGACUGAAAACACACGCAGCUGGCUUUACCGAAUUCGACCAUCAGUGGUUCACCAACCCUUCGAGCGACACGAUGUAAACCCAUUUCUUACCGUAAACUGGGACGAGCAGCACCCGAAUCCUAAUCAAAUGCGAUGGAAUCCGUUUGAUAUUCCAACAACAGAUAAGAAGGUAGAUUUCAUCACCGGUUUGCGUACUGUUUGCGGCGCCGGUGACAUCCGCAGUCGUCACGGAUUGGCGGUACACGUAUACCUGUGCAAUAGCUCGAUGACCGAUACGGCUUUUUAUAAUAGCGAUGGAGAUUUUCUCAUUGUUCCUCAGGAAGGAUCACUAGACAUCACAACAGAAUUUGGGAAAAUUUAUGUGAAACCAAACGAGAUAUGUGUGAUCCCGCAGGGAAUACGAUUCAGUGUAACCGUUGACGGCCCGACACGAGGAUAUGUACUAGAAGUGUAUGAUGGACACUUUAGAUUGCCCGAUUUGGGUCCAAUCGGAGCCAAUGGACUUGCCAAUCAACGUGACUUUCUAUCUCCUACGGCUUGGUUCGAAGAUCGCUCCGUACAGGGCUUCAAAAUGGUAUCUAAAUAUCAAGGAGCACUAUUUGUGGCCAGCCAAAAUCAUUCUCCGUUUGAUGUGGUUGCUUGGCACGGCAACUAUGUUCCAUACAAAUACGAUCUGGCGAAAUUUAUGGUCAUAAAUUCGGUAAGUUUCGAUCACUGCGACCCAAGUAUCUUCACGGUAUUAACCUGCCCAAGCACACGGUAUGGAACGGCGAUUGCAGAUUUUGUCAUCUUCCCACCGAGGUGGUCCGUACAGGAGCACACAUUUAGACCACCCUACUAUCAUCGAAAUUGCAUGAGCGAAUUUAUGGGUCUAAUUUUCGGACGCUAUGAAGCGAAGGAGGGUGGCUUCCUGCCGGGGGGUGCAUCCUUGCACUCUAUGAUGACUCCGCACGGUCCCGAUCGUCAGUGUUUCGAAGGUGCAACUAAUGCUGAGCUGAAACCGGAACGUAUCGCUGACGGUACGCAGGCGUUCAUGUUUGAAUCGUCGUUGAGUAUGGCCGUUACCAAGUGGGGUGAGGAAACCUGCCAGAAGCUGGAUGCAAAAUACUACGAGUGCUGGCAGUCGUUGGAAAAGAACUUUAAAAUCUAA